CAAAUCAAUUUGAUAGUAACAUAUCCUUAUCAUACAAAAACAAAAUCAUUAUUAUUAUUUUUCUCCUUUGUACCUCACAAAAACAAAAGAGGGAGAAAAUUAAAAUGUAAAAACAAAAAAUGGAUUCUUGAUUUUCAAGAACUCCAAAAAUGGGAGAGUGACUUUCCAACCUCCCCAUUACCAAGAGAAGAAGAAAACCUCCAUUUACCCCCCCCCCCCCCCCCAAACACCCCCCCCUUUGUUCUUGGUUGGGUUGAAAUGGGUUCUGGGAGUAGCCGUUUGGGGUCAAGGCAACGUAGGACAAAUCGAACAAAAAGAAGAACAAUUUCAUCUAUAUUUAUAUGUGGUGCUUCAUCAUCAUCAAAUUCAGUUGUUCAGAUGGAAGAUGAUCCAGCUGAAAUGCUGGUGGCUUCUGCAGAACAUGUUGACACUGGAAAGCUCCAAAACUCUGGGAAGGAUCCUUCACCUGAUUUUAUUCCCUCACAAGCUGAACGUGGAGCUUCAUCUGCAAGCAAUCUGGUAAAUAGUGAAAAGUCUACAUCUGCAGGCGCUUCAACCAAUGUUCAGGGAGGUAAUCGAAGAGAAAACUCAGCCAAAGACAUGGAAUUAGUCUCUCAAUAUAAUCCUGGACGUACACUUAGUGAAGCUGCUAGUACAUCUCAGGACAACCAAUCAUUUUCCUAUCCACUUUCUUUAAACAAAAGGGCAGAUGAUGAUGUUGCAAAUAAUGUCCCUCCUACAGUGAAUCUAGAUGCCUCUCAAGUUUUUGCAGGGUACUCUCAUUCUAGCAGUCCAGCUUCUCAUGGAAAUGGAGAAUCUUCAUCAAGUGAAGAUUUUGUUGUAAACCAUACAAAUGAAAUUCUUAUCUUCAAUAAUUCUGAUUCUCUAUCAGCUCUUUCGGAUUCUUCAGUUACGCCACGUUUAGCGGGAGAUGAUAUGCGUCAGGAUACACCGCCUUCAGGUUUCGAAUUGUUGGUGUCAGACAGGGAAGACGGUGUAAGAGAUGGUAGCGCACUUCAUGUUGACAUGGCUAAUGCCUCUCCCAGUAUUUUCCCUAAUAUUCCUGCUGAAAUUAGUAGUCGUGAAGCAAGACGGAAUAGUAGAAGACUCUUUUGGGAUUCUUUUUCAAGGAGAAGUCCUAGGAGGCGUGCUGAUCCCCGUAACUUUCAUUUUCCAAAUGAUAAUUCAGACGUUGUAGCAUCUCAUGACAGGUUACUGCUGAACUUUAGUGAUAAUUCCCUUCAUGAGGAGGCUGGAGGAAAUUUUCCAUCAAAUGGAGGUCGGAAUGAACGGCGACGGCAUUCCAGAUCUGAGAUGUGGGAAAGACUCCCCGGUGGUCUUAUUGCUAGUGAUCAUCGAAGUGCCACUUGUCCAACGGGGAUUCACACAGAUGGCCCAUGUUCAUGUGAGACAAUUUUAAUGAGUCGAGAAUCUGGCAGUCGUGCAAGUAUAUCACGAAUAGUUAUGCUUGCUGAGGCAUUGUUUGAGGUACUGGAUGAAAUACAUAGGCAACCUAUGUCAUUGUCCUUAUCUGUAUUAUCACGUCCAGCCCCAGAGUCGGUUGUGGACUCAUUCCCAGUGAAGAGUUACUCAAAAUCAGAGGAAGUAGAUACUGGCAACAAUGUUUUACAGUGUCAUAUAUGCUUGUCCGAGUAUGAGGAAGAAGAUAAAAUACGGGUUCUGCCUUGUCACCAUGAAUUUCAUUUAUUAUGUGUGGAUAAAUGGCUCAAAGAGAUACACGGUGUAUGUCCGCUUUGCAGAGGAGAUGUCCGAAAUGGUUUUGUUGACGGUUCAGUUUCUAACUCAGCAGCAGCCCCUCUUUGAGAUAUCAAAGUAUAUAGUGGGGAAUAAUGGAGGGGAAGAGGGAAAAAGGAACGCCACGCUGAAACGUGGCUCCAUAAUUUGUUGUUAUUUGGUAAAUAUAGCGACGGGCUGAUGAAAAGGAAACAAGAAAUUUUGCUAUUUAUACACUAUCCAACGACUUCUGAAGCGAUACAGAAGGCUCUUCUUAACAGCUCGGAAGGGUUGUAUCACCUAUCAGAGCACGUUGAACACAUACGGAUCUGAUCGUGGCUAACUUCAGUUCCCGACUUUUCUUCCUUUGCCUUCCCCUUAUUCUCAACACGACGUGAGAGAACAAGGGCCCUCUUCCUUUUUCUCAUUUCCAAUGUUGCCCCCAUGCAAUUUUGUGGAGAGCUUUGUACAGAUGUAUAUGGCAGCUUUCUCUCCGCAAUGCACCUUUGUUGUUGUUGUUGUUGUUGUUGUUAAGAAGGCACAAAUUUCAAUGUUCAUUGAAAGAAAAUUACAAAAAUGCAGAUGCCACUGUACUUGGUGGAGGAUUUAGGGAAAUCGGUGAAUUUUUCAUAUGGAUUCUCAUUAAUGGAUAGAGAUAUGUCUGUAUUAGGGAAAGUUCUAUAUCUAUAAUAUAAUGUUAUAGAGACUUUCAUAGCCAA